AUGUCCUUAACAUCCUCGGUCUCAUGCACGCUACUUUUUUCGAUCACCCAGGUCGAGCCUGUCCGGGCCGACCCCAGCGGUGGUAUGGAUCGUGUUGCCGACCUCGCCGAGAUCACUACCCGCAUCCGUAUGACGAUCAAUAAGAAGGCAGAGCUUCGUCGCGCCAUCGCCCGUGACAAGUCGGCCGAGUUCAAGACGGUGAAUGGUGUCGAGGCCGAGCGCGUCCUCCAGAAAGUAGACGUCACGCCCCGCGCCAACUUCCGCUUCGACUUCUUCGAGCUUGAGAUACCUGAGACGCUCGGGAACCUCACCAAGCUCCGCGACGGCAUCGACCUUGAGAAGGUUGUGGUCAUCACUGGCUACGGCGAGGUUGCACCAUGGGGUAGUUCCCAGCCUGAAUUUUUUCGCGAUUACGAUCCUAAGCACAACAUCUUCCACCAGGAGAACGAGCUUCUGCAUGGCCUGGAGCCACUGGAGGUAACUGGCGAUGAGGCCGAGCGCUUCAAGCGCGAGCACGCCGAUCGCUGCUACAUCCGGGUUGGCGAGGGCGGACAGUGCCGCCAGACUGCUGGCCAGCUCCCUACUGGGUGGUCUGUCGGCCGCUAUGGUAUUCCCGACGACAUGAUUCCUCGCAUCGAUCGCGUCUCCCUCUGGGCGCUCGCCAGCAUGGCCGAGGCCCCCAAGAAGUCCGGAAUCACGGACCCGUACAAGCUCUACGAGCACGUUCACGCGCCCGAAGUCGGCAUCGGGCCGGGUAUGGGGGGACUCUAUGGCGACGAUGUUCAAGGACCGCCGCGACGAGAUGGAGGUGCAGGCGUAUUCUCUCACUCUUUGCUUCUCGCCACUCGCUAA